GUAGACCCGCCCCUCGCGCCAUUCCCAUUCUGAUAGGCUGAACGGCGGCCGACGGGAAACUAGCAACUCCGCCCCUUAUUGGCUGCAGUAACCCGGGCAGCGGAGUGUUGGAUCUGAUCGCAGAGAGAGAGCCGCGAAUGAAGCCGUUUUGAUUGUACGCGCGUUAACGGGAAGCUGUAAAGGGAUCAUGUCCCGGGACAGGGCGGUGCAGCUGGCCCCUAGCACUCUGGCCCUUGUACUGUGCAGGGGAGAAGGCAACAGGGAGGAGGAGAGGGGCGGCUGUGGGGAUGAAGAAAGAGGCAGACGGAUCUUUAAGGAUUUCCAGGCUGCGAACGUGAAAUGUUUCUGGAACAGGAGACUGGUCCGGGCCGUGUCCGAGGUGACGUUCCAGGGGUGGCUGGAGAGCUGGGUGCUGCUGCUGGAGGGACACAGUGCGGAGCUGGAGGUGCUGAGAGAUUCCUGGGUCCGGAGAGCGUUGCGGCCGCCCCGGGGCUUCAUCAUUAGAGCGCUGGGUGAUGUGUCUCCUGUGCAAAUGAAUCCCAUAUCCCAGUCUCAUUUUAUUCCACUGGCAGAAGUGCUGUGCUGUGCCAUUUCUGAUAUGAACACAACUCAGAUUUUAGUGACACAAGAAAGCCUCAUGGAACAUCUCAAUAAACAUUACCCAGGAAUAGCAACCCCAUCUCAGGACAUUCUGUAUAAUGCACUUGGGACACUUAUCAGAGAAAGAAAAAUCUAUCAUACUGGAGAGGGAUAUUUUAUUGUCACACCCCAGACUUAUUUUAUUACAAGGAAACCAGCUAUGGACUGUAAAUAUGCAGCAUCUGAAAAGCUUUCCACCUCUCCGCCACCCAUCACUUACCUUGUCAGCAUGGAGAGCUGCGCAGAUCUAACCAAAGGUAACAUACCAUCCGUGUCACACUGUAGAUCAUGCAGUUGCUUUUCUGAGCAAUCUUUUCACGACAUACUUGGACAACAGUCAAUUAAUGAGAGCCAGGUUAAAACACACAGAAGCAUCAAGGAACAAAAACCUUUGCUUCGAAAUCAAGCGACGUCCACUUCCAGGGACCAUUACACAUGUGAAACAAACAAACAACAGGUUGUGUUAAAAGAAAAAGAGAAGUGCAGCAAGAAGUUUGGUAUCAGUCUUUUCUGGCGUAAUGUCUCCAAGAAGGAGAAGUCAAAGAAAGAGUUGGUGACCUUUUCUGCGCAAUUUCCCCCUGAGGAAUGGCCAGUAAGGGAUGAGGAUAAUUUGGAUAAUAUCCCACGAGAUGUUGAACAUGAAAUCAUUAAACGCAUCAACCCAGUUCUUACUGUGGAUAACUUAAUGAAGCACACCAUGCUCAUGCAAAAGGCUGAAGAGCAGAAAAAGUAUUUUAGCAAAGGGACAUCUACGGAUAUAAUAAAAAACAAACACAGCUAUAAUUUUAAGGGAAGCAGUAAGAAAAAAAAUGGCAAAUUGUCUAAAUACCACAAAAAAGUUCAGUCCAGUAAAGAGAAAUGUAAGAAGGACACUGGUGCUCCAAAGGCAGUGCCACGUGAAGAGAAGGAUGUCAACAGGCUGUCUCUUGAUCAGUCCGAUGAUGAUGAAGUAAUGGCAAUUGAUAGGCAGUGUUAUGCUAGCGCAGAAAUUGUUCAACAUGAUAACAUCUACAAAAAGCAAAUUAGUAAUCCAUUUGAUGGCAUACCAUACAGAGAGAACUCCAAUGUGAACGGGUUCAAGUCAUUAAAGGAAAUUAAGAGAUCUCGUUCUGGGAAGCAAAGAAGGUGUGUUCUAAGGUCAAGAUCCUUGGACUGUACAGAAAGAAAGGCCAAGGACACUCAUGUUGAGCAUAUAAAUUCAGAGAGACACAUUGGUGCUUAUAAUAACGAGCCAUAUCAUGAACCGUUUCAUUCUGUUCUUUCUGACAAAGAUGAUUUGAGGGAAUACCCACCCAGUUACCCCCAGAGUAGCACACUGCGCAUUGAUGACAAAUAUAAACCUGCCCCAGAGGAAAAUUCUGCCGGUGUCCUGUAUAGUGAAGACAGAGCCUAUAUUUGUGAUGAUUUCCAAAAAAAGCUGUUUGUUCAUUUAGAGGCUAGUGUGGAGCACGAAGUAGUAAAGUCACAUUCCACCUACAAGGUGACUUCAAUGAACAGUUUAAAGCCAAACCACUGUAAAAGUGAAAUUAACUUAAAUCUCAUUGGAAGAACUCAUUAUAGGAUAUCUGAAGACAGCGGGGCACUGAAAGUCUGUAAUAAUCCAAACAGUUGCUUGAAAGACUCCGAUAUGCCAAAACAUAAUACAAUGGCUGUCUCGGAGACUGGAGGAUUUACUAAAGACAAUAAAGCUUUGUACCAAAGGACUGUGGAAAAUGAUGAUGCUCACAGGUAUUUAUAUAUUGAAGAUGACACUGAAGAUAAAGAGGAGAUCUGUCCAAUACUUGACUCUCAUGUCCAGAAAGCAAACUUGGACGCUGUCAACUGGAAUGAACUUGCAGAUGAAAACAAAAGCUGCUCCGGUAAUUCUCAAUCCCAGUGGCACUCUAAAAUAACCUUUGCACCUCAAUUUGGCUCUUCUAUGGACAAUGACCAAGAAACAUACAGUCCUUCUCUUUUUUCCUUAGAUGGUUCCCAUGAAUGCCACAAACCGACUUUGCACACAGGUCAGCAGUUACCGGAGUAUAUCCAUGGUCACCUGGAUGUGGAACCAGAAACUGCUGACUGCAUCGUUUCCUCAGAACAUGUUGACGGCAGCAUAUUUGAUUACUGCAAUUCAAGUGAGGCAAACUCUGUGGCCGAGACCCUACACAUGUCCGUUGGUGCAAAUGAUAAUGAGAAGCGCGUUGCAAAUUCAGGGCAGCAGUCUGGGGAAAUGAGGACGUGCUUUGAACACAAACUGACACUAUUUCAUUCAAAAAUGAAUCCUUCAGAAACAAGCCACCAUGAAAAGAAUGAAAAUCACAGCACAACUGGGGAUAGUGGAAUUGAAUCGCCACGAACACGGAUCAGCAUUGCUUCCAAUAACUCCAUUGUUCUGGAGACGCUGAAAAGAAGGACUUUCUUGCAGAACCUGGAAAUGAAUGGCAAUCCCAAGCACGAAGGACUGCUUCCUACAAGCUCUCUAAUGCAGAUUACUCCUGCUAUGAACGUGUAGGGUUCUGUACUCUCAUUUGAAAGCUUCAAUUGCGUAUGUGCAUUUUUACUCAAAAUACUUAAAUAUUUGUUUACUUGUAUGUUUACGGCAGGCAAUGCUAUUCCCUUUGUUUUAAGCUAACAGAGGAGCACCCAAACCUGGUGACAAGCGGAAUUUGGCCCCAAAUUGCUGAAAUGCAAGUUUUUGUACCAAAAUUCUGCCACACGACAGGCUACAUGACUGCAUUGUGACUCUUUUCUGCUGGCAGAGAAUACGCUUUGAAACCCUUACUGUUGUCUGCCAUCAUUGAGUGUAAUGCUGCUCUUUUUCAGCUUGCCAAACUGUUGGAAAAAAAAUAAGCUAAAUAAUGGUAAAAUGAUGAUAUUGUGAAUACAAACAAGUGGCUGAGGCCAUUUAAAAAUCUUGGUAGUGCCUUAUCCAGAACAUGGGUUUUCAGCUGGGUGUUCUUCAAACAUUUCCCACCAUACUUUUCUGGACUUGCUGUCUGACAUGUAUCCCAACGUUGACUGUAGGCCUUUAACUGUGCAGAGAGACCCUCAGAGGUGCCAGAUCCCAUGAACAUGAUGAUACCACAGGCAGACCAGAGAGAGCUCAGAAUGGCAUGUGUGGGACAAGCCUACAUCUUAACCUGCUUAGCUCUGUUGUACAUAAAGACAUCGGCACUAUGCAAUGGAUCAGAACACCUGCAAUACCUUAUUAAGGCAAAAUAACCCUUUACAAGUAAAGACUGGUAUUUCCGCAUUUGUCUGGUUUUGAAGGACAUGACCUGCACCCAUUUAUCUUCAUACCAUGCAGCUAUUGUGUUCAGUUGGAACAAGUGGGAUAAUAUGAGGUUUUUCAUUGUAAAACCGCACAGAGUCUUUGGUAGUGUUUUCUAAAUUCUUUAGAGGCUUUAAAACUAUGGCUUAUUUUCACAGUGCCUUUCUUUUCCUACAGGGUAAAACCAAUAUGCAUAGGAAAACGUAUUACGGCUAGUUAAGACUUGUAAGUAUGAUGGGCUUGAGUUGCUAGAAUGCUAGCUAAGUAGGGCCGUUGGUGAUCUGCUUCUAAGGUUUCCAAAUAGUAGUAUAUUUGCACAAUAUUUACUCUUUAAGUAUGGCUCGUCGUUUCAUUUCUGAUUCAGUUAUGUGAUUUCUAACAUUAUAUUCUAUAUCUGACCUUAUCAGACAAAAGUGUCCCCCUAAAGACAUGCCCAUGCCAGGCAACUGCCUCAUCUCUGCAACAGCAAAUAUCUCUGGGAGGUCUUGAGCAUAUAACCUUAUGGGAAAUAUGUCACAUGACAAAAGAUGGUUGGUUGCAGGUGACCAAGCAUUUUGGGUUAUGACCCCAUGAAAUAGAUAUAAUGAGAUUAUUUCUCAUGUUGCAUGUUUCAGGGCUGAAUUAAACUACACUGAUGAUUUUAAAUAGACCCGUAAGCUGACUUGGUCCAUAACAAUCCCCUUGAUGGCCACAUCUAGUUGCAUAGCCCUGAGCUAGAAAGUGAGACAACUGAUGGGCUGUAAACGAUACUGUUCACAAACAGCCAAUUCCUGAUAUACUUGGAGUGUGAAGAGGGAGUGCUUGGUACACUCAUCAGCUGUCCCUUGCCAACAUUUUAUCCAUAUAUCCGGUUCAUUAGUCAGAUACAAAUGCUACUGUUGCUUGCAUAAUGUUAGUCUUGUUUCAGAUGCGUACUGUUAAAUGUGGGUGCUUUAUAUCUAAAUGGAAUUAGUGUGCAUUCAUUUAUAUGUCUGAAAUGUUUCCCCAGUAUUUAAAGAAAUAGUGGUGUUUUAUAUCUGCUGCAUUCAGUAGAAAGGGCGUUUUUUAACCUUUCUUUAUAUUGUUUUUA